CCUCACUCGUUCAAGUUUUGUUUUCUGGAUAGUCAUCUUGCCUCGAAGAAAUUUGCCAGCAAGAGUUUUUGUGAUUUUUAGGGGAAAAUCUUCCGAAAUCCGUUCGCAUUUGUGUCCCACCCCGUGAAGCAACACUGCCGCAACGAUGUCCCGUGGAAGCAGCGCCGGAUUCGAUCGCCACAUUACGAUUUUCUCGCCGGAAGGUCGCCUCUACCAAGUUGAGUAUGCCUUCAAAGCCAUCAACCAGGAGGGCCUGACCUCGAUUGCGAUGAAGGGCAAGGAUGUGGCCGUGGUGGCCACCCAGAAGAAGAUUCCGGACAAGCUGAUUGACCCGUCGACGGUGACGCACCUGUACCGGCUAACCCGGAACAUCGGCUGCGUGAUGACGGGCCGGAUUGCCGAUUCCAAGUCGCAGGUGCAGCGAGCCCGUUACGAGGCGGCCAACUGGCGCUACAAGUACGGCUACGAAAUGCCGGUGGACGUGCUGUGCCGACGGAUGGCGGACAUUUCCCAGGUUUACACGCAGAACGCCGAGAUGCGGCCGCUCGGAUGUAGCAUGAUGUUGAUCGCGUACGACGACGAAAACGGACCGUGCGUGUACAAGACCGACCCGGCCGGUUACUACUGCGGCUACCGGGCCAUCUCCGUCGGCGUCAAGCAAACCGAAGCGAACAGCUAUCUGGAGAAGAAGCUCAAGAAGAAGGCCGACUACAACGAGGAGGAAGCCAUCCAGCUGGCCAUCACCUGUCUCUCGACGGUGCUGGCCGUGGACUUUAGACCGUCGGAGAUCGAAAUCGGUGUGGUCACGAAGGAGAAGCCCGAGUUCCGGACGCUGACGGAGGAAGAAAUUGAGGUCCAUCUGACUGCGAUCGCCGAAAAGGAUUAAAAAAGAGGACUUGUUUCGUGAAUUCAAGUUUAUUUAAUUCUUCUUUGUCUCGUGAGUUGGGAAAAAUCAUUUAUAAAAUAAAUCUUACAAGCUACACACACACAUCGUCAAAA